AUGACUCACGAGUUCCCACGCCUUCCCGUCGUCGGCAAGCGCCCGCGCACAUGCUCCUUCCUCUUGACUUCCAAGUACGUACCUCGAGAAGUCUCGCUUGUAAGAUUCUUCGACCACCGAGGGUUCUGUCCAGAACAACACGUUAUCUACGACAACGGAAUGAGUUCCUACCGCGGCCAUGACCAUCGAUCUAUCUAUUCCGGAAAGCCACAAACCCUGGAGGGGAGGGAUUUGACUUCUCUUGCAAAAUAUAUAAAAUCGAGCGACUGUGGCAAGGUUAUAUUGAUGCUGGGAGCAGGCGUGAGCACCUCUGCAGGGAUCCCCGACUUCAGGUCACCUGAGACCGGCCUAUACUCCAAUCUUGCGAGAUUGAAUCUACCUCACCCGGAGGCAGUGUUCGAAAUCAAUUUCUUCCGAAGAAACCCAGUCCCAUUCUACACCCUCGCGCACGAGCUGUACCCCGGCCGGUUCCGGCCUACCAUUACCCACUCAUUCAUUCGUCUUCUUGCAGAGAAGGAAUUGCUGCACACGUGCUUCACACAGAACAUCGACACGCUCGAGCGACGUGCUGGGGUUCCCGAAGACAAAAUCAUAGAGGCACACGGCAGUUUCGCGACGCAGAGAUGCAUAGAAUGUAACGCCUCGUACGAUGACGAGAAGAUGAAGGACCAUAUCUUUCGCAAGCAGAUCGCAAAAUGCAACAAGUGUGGUGGAUACGUCAAACCUGAUAUCGUUUUCUUCGGUGAGGAUCUCCCACUGAACUUCAAACUCGCCGUACCACACCUACGCACGGCGGAUUUACUGAUCGUCAUGGGCACCUCUCUUACCGUCCAUCCCUUCGCAUCGCUGGCCCAAAUGGUCGACAAGACAUGCCCUCGCGUCCUCAUCAACCUCGACCACGUUGGCGAUUUUGGAGCAAGGACAGAUGAUGUCAUCCUCCUCGGGAAAUGCGACGACGUCGUCCGAAUGCUGUGCAAAGAGCUAGGAUGGGAGGAGGAGCUCUUAGCACUGUGGAAUGAGACUGAAGCGAGCGUUGUACCUGAUAUUCCGGUUCCACCAUCGCAGAAGCAGGAAUCUGAGGCGAAGGCUGAGGAGCAGGGUAAGAGGAACUCCUUGGCGGCCCUGGAAGCCAUCGAGGCGCGCUUGGCCAGAUUGAAAGUGGAUGAGGUUGUUGAACCUCUUCGUGAGGCUGAACCAGUCCAAGAGGCUAGUGCUACUAAUGCAACCGACAAGUUAUCGCCAACGCCCUCUGCCGUUACUAACGAUCGCUCUGAAACUGAGAAGGGCUCCCAACAAGCAUCUCCGAGCAAGGAUCAGGCCGACAACGAGAUUCCACCACCACCACCACCGGAGCCAUUGAAGGAGGGGAAAUUAUAG